AUGGCGGCGGGAGUCGAGCAAUUACUUGCUGAUAUGCGGAAGCAGUUUGACGACGUUCACAUGGAAGUCCUCAAACAGACCGCGGAUUUCACACGAUUCAAGGAAGGGAUACGACAAGCGGACUCGGCGGAACAGCUGAAGGAGCAAGACAUGACUCGCCUAAGCUGCUCAGUCAUCAAGGACGCUGCGGCUGCAGCAUUUUCCGCGUCGUCAGGACGCUGGCGAAGGAUGUAUGGCAUGGAGAAGCUGAUUGCGAACGCCCUGCAGAAAAUCACAGUUGAGGAAGUCGAGAAGUCGCAGAAUACAGAAGACACAUUCCAGAAAAUAAGGGAGGCGACGGGUCUUGACGAUGUAAUGGACAUCGUACAGAAGUUCUUGAACAAGGACGUAGAGCACGGGCAGUUACAGCAGUUGGCGGCAGCUGCUGAAGCUCGAUUUGAGGCUGCAGAGGCUCAAGAUGAGACACUGCAAAGGGCUGUCAAACAACAUAUUGCCAGCCUGGAUGCAUUAACAGAAACAACGACGCAGUUAGACCACGCGAAACAAUGGGCAGGCCGAAUUAAUGCGCUGUUCGUCGCUGCCGGGCUUGAAGAACCGUUCGUCUGCGAAUCUGUGGAGGGGCUUGUCAGCUACAUUGCCGCAGUACGGAAGAAUACAAUCCCGAAAUUGCUCGAGACGAUGGAGGCUCAGGGUGAGCUGCAAUCUCAUGCUGGCGACGCGAUCAAUGAGCCACCGGCGACGCAGGGGCCGAUGCCGGCGUUCGAGCGCUCGAGAUUGGUCCUUAAGGAAGUGAACUCCCAUCUGCAUUUUGACAGGUCUUCUUCUGUGGAGGAUAACUCUGACGAAGAAAUAGUAGAUCACGACAGGCUGGAGGGUAGCCCCGCUGAUCACGCCAGCGGGAUGGUGGAACGUCAGCGAAGUACCAGUCACACUGUACAGUAUUCACCGGCCCUGCUGAAACCAAUCACGGCAGAAGUCGGCAGGUCCACAUUGGUCGGCGAAGUAUCGCAACCCGACGUUACUACAGCUGAAGGACAGUCGGCGAGCCCGCGGGACGCCGAAUUACACGGAGACGAAGGACCUCGUCUCGCAUACGCUGCAUAGAAAAGCUGCCGUAUUGAACAACUACGACGUUAGGCAUCAGAGACGCUUGGCCACGAGGUGCUCCUUAUACGAUUUUAAGAUGUUCCGCGUAAAACGUCUUCAGACGCGUUCGGGACGAACAUGGUAUCUCGCACAAUGAGGUAGCUGGGAUGGAGGAAUUGAGAAAACACGCAACCGCAUCUCAGUCCCGGUCGUUACGGGGGUUUGGCCCUCCCAAGACACAUGAAAAGCAGAAGAAUUAGGGAACCGGUACUUCGUCGACAUACAGCACAUCGACAACAUAUGCCUGUCACGCGUAUGCCUGCGGCAGAGACUCCAGUUCGCCGCAAACACCUCGACACUCGUAGCCGAUGUAUCACACUAGAGCUUCUCAGAAGAAAUCCGUU